AUGUCUUGGAAAUCGACGUCAACCGCCAAAUAUUGGUGGAUUGGUAAACCUUUGUAUACUGCACAGUUGGAGGAAGGAUUGGGUUGUCAUAUCCCUGAACAAUUUGAGGGUGUCCUGGCUAGAAAUCAAUUACAGACGUUAAAACCAACCCACUAUCCCAUGGCAUACGUCGUUAACACCGAUGACGAAGACCAGCCUGGAAAACAUUGGACCGUGUUUGUCUGCGAAGAAAACCAUUGUGAUUUCUUUGAUUCGUAUGGAUGUCCCCCAGAACUAUAUGGAAAAGAUUUUGCCGACUUUGCUCAACGUCAAGGACCAGUACGACACAACUCCCAAUGGAUUCAAGGACUCCAAAGUGUUGUGUGUGGUCAUUAUUGCCUAUUUUACCUGUGUCAUAGAUUCCACGUACCCACAUCAAAAGCCUUGUCGGUGUUUAAAUCGAAUCUGACUGAAAAUGAUCGUUUAGUACAUGCUUGGACCCAUGACCAUUUUCCCUGUUUAAGAUUUGAGGAUGGCCAAACUUGUCGAAGAUUUAUGGAUGUAAAUACGUUAUAG